AUGUGCUUUCCUACUUGGGAUCCAAACAGCAUUGGCACAUCAGCGGAAGACAAGGAGAUGAUACAAGUGGCCAACACCGGGUCAGUGGUGGCAGCAAUCCUUGUUACAGUAACUUUUGCGGCAGCAUUAACAAUACCAGGCGGUUGUAAGGCUGAUGGCCCCAAUGCGGGUUCUCCAUCACUUAUACACAAGCCUGCACUGGUAGUCUUCUUCAUAUCUGAUGCAAUUGCCUUGUGUUUAUCCAGGGUGGCGCUGGUUCUCCUCCUUACUUCUACAAUCGUUGAGAAAGUUUGCACACGAAAAACGAUCGCCUAUAGUCUAACAUUUGUUUUCUCCGCAAUCUGCAUAGCUUUGAUUGCUUUUAUUUCUGGUUUUUACGCGGUGAUAUCUGUAGAGUCUACGUGGGUGGCAAUUCUUGUUUGCAUCAUUGGCUCCAGCUUCCCCUUCCUUCUUGCAUUUUUGCAAUGUUCCGUCUAUGCCGUAACUCCUUCUGCCGUUCCGGUUGCUAAGGAGGCAAAUAACAAGACACCCAUAAUUGGUGAACAAAUGGCAUGA